UGACUGUUAAAAUAGGAUGGAGAGAGAGUUUAAUAACUCUAUAUAAUCAUCAACAUACCAUAUGAAUAUGUGUGAAUUUCCACUACUCUUUGAAACUGAAAACCAAGUUAUUUAAUUAAUAUAAUUUUCAUGGCUGAUAGCGUCAUUCUCCUCUCCCUUAUUUGCUUAGUUCCAGCCAUCUUUUUCACAUUACUUCUAAUUAGGAAAGGUUUCCGGCGAAAACAUCUUCCUCCGAGCCCAUUAUCACUACCGAUCAUCGGCCACCUCCAUCACCUUUAUGCUGCGGCACCCCAUGAAGCUUUGUACAAUCUCUCCAAGCGAUAUGGGCCGCUGAUGCACUUGCGCCUCGGCUCGGUCCCUUGGGUGGUGGCUUCAUCGCCGGAAAUCGCAAAAGAAUGCCUGAAAGCUCAUGAUCUCUCGUUCAGUAACCGACCCAUUUUUGCUGUUGUUGGUUACAUGACUUAUGGAUCUCAAGACUUCGCCACUGCCCCAUAUGGACCUUAUUGGAGGUUCAUGAAAAAGGUCUGUAUGUCUGAGCUUCUUGGAGGCAAAACAUUGGAACUUUUACAUCCAGUUAGACGUGACGAGAUAGCCCGAUUCAUGGAUCGGCUAUGGCGGAAAGCCACUGCUGGCGAGGCAGUUGAUCUUAGUUCUGAGUUUGUUAGGUUGACAAACAACGUUAUAUCUAGAAUGUCAAUGAGCAAAAGAUGCUCUGAGGAUGAAAAUGAAGCUGGAGAUAUAAAGAAAUUGAUCCAAGAAAUUUCGGUGAUCAAUGGGAAGUUUAACGUUUGUGAUUAUGUUUGGUUCUUGAAGAACUUAGAUUUGCAGGGAUUCAAGAAGAGGAGUAGAGAGUUAAGACACAAGUUUGAUCGCUUGAUUGAGAAGAUCAUUGAGGAACAUGAAGCGAAAAGGACCAAAGAUGAACACCGUAAAGAAGUGAAGGAUUUACUUGAUUUACUGCUGGAUAUUUCCGAAGAUGAAAGCUCACAAGUUAAGUUGUCAAGAGAGAACAUCAAGGCUUUCCUUCUGAAUAUGUUCACGGCUGGAACUGGCACUUCAGCCAUUACAAUGGAAUGGGCUCUCGCCGAGCUGAUCAACAAUCCCGACAUUAUGAAAAAGGCGGUGCAAGAGAUCGAUUCAGUGGUUGGAAAUCAUAGAUUGGUAGAUGAAUCAGAUGUUGCAAACCUUCCUUACCUUCAAGCUAUUGUUAAAGAAACUCUAAGACUUCAUCCAGCAGCACCAAUAAUGCGAAGAGAGUCCGUUGAAGAUGUCGAAAUAAGAGGUAAUCAUAUUCCAGCAAAAACUCGACUAUUUGUUAACAUAUGGGCUAUUGGAAGGGAUCCCAAUUAUUGGGAAAAUUCACUCCAAUUUCUCCCAGAAAGAUUUUUAUCAGAAGAUCAAGGGUGCGAAAUUGUAACCACGAAUGAUGUUAGGGGGCAACAUUUUCAUUUCUUACCAUUUGGUAGUGGCGUAAGAGGUUGUCCCGGAAUUUCACUGGCGUUACUAAUGGUGCAAACGUGUCUUGCAGCUAUGAUUCAAUGUUUUGAAUGGAAAACUAAUGGUGAAGAGAAGGAUGAAGUGGACAUGACAGUAGGAAAUGCUCAUACACUUCACAAAGCAAAUGCUUUGAUUUGUCUCCCCACGGCUAGAUACAAUCCACUUCCCAUCUCAACAUGAAACAUUACAAAUUUAAUGAGCGGCUAUGUUGUAUUUUUAAAUUUAAACGCAUAGUUAAUGAUUGGCUUCGAUGUGUUCAAACUCAAUGCAAUUACAAGAACUAAUCUUAAAACCUUGUAAUUUAACGAUUGGCUCGAAAUAAAAGUUUUGUUUGUAGAACUAAUACAGUACGGUAAACAAGAUUGUUUUUAGAUGGACAGAGGGAAUAAGUAAUAUACGAAUUACUCUGCUCAUUAUCAUACGUACUCAUUGGUCAUUCAUUCCUGC